AGAGAGGAGGCCUCUCUUCUGGUGCCAUCCAGUUCUUAGCCUACCAAUCUGCUUCUUCAUCUUCUUCUUCUUCCUCUGUUUAGCUUUCCCUUUCAUUUUCCCUUUUCUUCCCAUUUUCAUCUUCCUUCCUUAUUCCUCUUCACUUUGUUUUCUCUCAUUUUAUCUUCAAUCUCUCCUGGUUUCUGUUUUUAGAUUGAUAAAUAGGUUGGUUUUAGGAUUUGGGUGAAUCUGAAAGUCCAUUUUUUUUACAAAUAAUAUAUUUUCCGAUGAGGAGAGAUAGAGGUGCAGCCGCAGCAGCAGCAAACGCCGUAGCCACGAAACCGGCACUGCAACCUAGCGGAUCUAUUAAAGAACCGAGAUACAGAGGUGUUAGAAAAAGACAAUGGGGCAGAUUUGCGGCGGAGAUUCGAGACCCUUGCAAGAAGACCAGGGUGUGGUUAGGGACCUUCGACUCGGCCGAGGAUGCUGCUCGGGCUUACGAUGCGGCGGCGAGGUCACUUCGUGGACCCAAAGCUAAAACAAAUUUCCCCUUAGAUUCUUCAAAUCUCCCGGCUUUUCCUUUCGAAACGAACCAUCACCACCACACCGAUGGGUUCGUCGACCAACACCGGUUAUACACGAUGGGCGAUUUUCACGAGCACGGAGUGAAUCCACAGAGACCGACGAGGAGUAGCAUGAGCAGCACGGUCGAGUCGUUUAGCGGACCCCGACCAGCCCAACCACCGCAACAGAAAUCGACGAAUUUCGCGUUGGUUUCGUCUAAAAAGUACCGUCCGAGGAUGCCGCAGGUAGUGCCGGAGGAUUGCCAUAGCGGUUGCGAUUCAUCGUCCUCGGUUGUCGACGACGGAGAUAUCGCGUCGUCUUCGUGUAGGAAAACUUUGCCUUUUGAUCUCAAUUUUCCGCCUCUGGAUGAAGGCGAUGAUCUCCACUGUACUGCUCUCUCUCUUUGAUGACGGUGAUCGGCGAAGACGAAGAUGGUCAAUCAUUGAAUCUAUUUUCUUUUUUAAGAUUUUUAGCUUUUUCUAAGAAAAAAAGAGGAAAAAUAUGAGUCAUGGUUAAGAUGAAAUGGUCUUAAUCCCUAUGAGUAUGAAAUUUGAUCCCUUGGAUUUUUAUCAAAUGAUGGUAAUCUAAUACGAUUAUGAUUACGAUGAGGUUUA